AUGGUGAGAAUAGCAAAGGAGAAUAUUCUGUUGAUUUUUACGGUGGCUGGCGUGGUGGCUGGUAUUGUGACGGGAAUCACACUUCGUGAUCCUGAAGUAAAAUGGAGCAAGCGUCAUCUCAGCUACCUUCGCUUUCCCGGUGACGUAUUCGUCCAAAUGCUUAAAAUGCUCAUUCUUCCGCUUAUAAUGUCCAGCAUUAUCUCAAGCUUGGCUUCAGUCGAUUCGCACACGGCGGGUAAGCUUGGGAUGAUUUCUCUCAUCUACUACUUCAUCACAACAAUGAUGGCCGUUAUUCUAGGUAUUGUCCUGGUAGUGUUGAUACAACCUGGCAAAUGGACCAGCACCAACAUUGAAGAAGUCGUUGGUGAGGUCAAUAAAGUCCCAUGUAUUUCGAACGCCAUGGACACCAUACUCGAUCUUGUAAAGAGCCUGUUUCCCGAAAAUCUUGUGGAGGCGACGUUUCGGUCGCACAAAAUGUGUUUGAAGUUUUUUAAUGGAACCCAAUCAAUAAAUCCAGAUUCUGUAUUGAAGAUGAGCUCAGAAGACCGGGCGUUGUUCACUGAGCUACCGGAACGGAUAUCGUCAGAUGGAAUGAAUAUACUCGGCUUGGUGAUGUUCAGCGUAGCACUAGGAAUCACGAUCGGCUAUAUUGGUGAAGAGGGCGUUCCUUUGAAAGCCUUCUUCAAGAGCCUAGAAACAGUUAGCAUGAAGCUCAUCUCUCUUGUCAUCUGGUAUUCACCGAUCGGAAUCACGUUUUUGAUCGCUGCACAAAUUGUCGGCAUGAAGGAUCCAGGGAAGGAACUGCAGAGGCUCAUGGGCUACAUGAUAACCGUUUUGAUCGGAUUAUUUAUCCAUGGUUUCGUAGUGUUACCCAUUCUUAUGAUAACGCUGGGCAGGAGAAAUCCAAUUAAAUAUGUCUACGGUAUGGCGCAAGCACUCUUGACCGCUCUGGCAACAAGUUCUAGCUCGGCCACUUUACCUCUCUCCAUCAAGUGCGUUGAAGAAAAUAACGGUGUGGACACCAGAGUAGCCCGAUUCGUACUCCCGCUAGGAGCUACCAUAAAUAUGGACGGUACAGCACUGUACGAGGCCGUUGCUGCUAUUUACAUUUCUCAAUGUGUUGGGCUAGAUCUCUCAAUGGGACAAGUAAUUCUCGUGAGUCUUACGGCGACGCUCGCGAGCAUUGGAGCAGCUGGAAUUCCACAGGCAGGAAUAGUUACGAUGAUCAUGGUGUUAAUUGCAAUCGGACUGCCAUCGAAUUUAUUCAUUUUGAUAUUCCCUGUCGAUUUUUUCCUAGACAGAAUUCGCACUACAGUAAACGUUCAUGGCGACAGCAUCGGGGCUGCUGUUGUCGGAAAGCUUUGUGAAAAGUAUCUCAAACAAGGUGCUGCCAACAACCGCAACGAACAAGGAUACAGCAUGCUUUCGACUCACGCCAGUCCCGAUCCUACAAAGAGAAUGAGCACCAGCAAUCAUCACUACGAGAACUCGCAUAUGUUGUGA